CUCAGGAAGGCAGACCCUAUCCUGAAAAGAGACUCCGGCUAUGGAGGGCCAAACUAAGAAGGCUCAGGACUGGGGAACUCAGACUUGUGAGGCUCAGAUAAAUGACAGCCAAUCCAAGCAAACCUCUAUAUUUGAGAUGGAGGAAACUGCCCCAGUCCUGAAACAGAAACCCUCACUUAAGAAGAUGGAUGUGCCAGAGAAAGAAGAGCAUGAGGUCGUCUACUCCCGUCCACUCUGGUCCAACAAAUUUGAGUACAUCCUGGCCCAUUUGGGCUAUUCCAUGAGAGCAGUCAAUCAGUGGCGAUUUGCCCACAUGUGGCUUCACCAUGGAGGUUGGAGUUUUUUCAUCAUCUACAUCUUCUUGACGUUCUUGAUCGGGAUUCCUCUCCUCUUCCUGGAGAUGGCAGUUGGUCAGAGGAUGCGUCAGGGCAGCAUUGGUGCAUGGAAGAUCAUUUGCCCCUGGGUUGGUGGUGUGGGGUAUACCAACUUCAUGGUGUGCCUCAUCACUGCCAUAUACUUGAAUGUGGUCAACGCCUGGACUCUUUCCUACUUGAGCCAGUCCUUCCAGUUUUCCGUUCCAUGGGAGCAUUGUCCUCUACUGAAGAACUCCAGUGACUUUGAUCCUGAAUGUGCACGGACAACGCCCUCCAUGUACUUCUGGUACCGGAUGACCUUGAAGGCCACAGACAAAAUUGAGGAUGGUGGGCCACCAGUCUUCAGUUCGUUCCUGCCUCUUUUUGUGUCUUGGUGUAUUGUUGGUGCUUUCAUGAUUAAUGGGCUCAAGUCCAUUGGGAAGGUACUGUGUAUCUUGGUACCAACGUCCUAUAUCAUCAUGAUAUGUUUCGUCAUCCGGAGUGUACUGCUGGAUGGGGUAAAAUUUGGCCUUCAAUAUUUGGCACUUGUGAAGAUAUCGGCUAUGUACAACGUGAAAGUGUGGUGCCAUGCAGGGAUCCUAGUCUUGUUGGCCUUGGGUCUCGGCUAUGGCCCCAUUGUCUCUCUAGCCUCACACAUAGAGCUGUCCAACAACUGUCUCAGAGAUGCCUUUCUUGUGGCUCUGGUCAACCUAGGCCUCAUGAUGAUUACCACAACCUUUAUCUUCUGUGUCCUGGGCUUCUGGUCCACAGUCAUCACGUACAACUGCAAUGUGAAGAAUGCUGAAAUACUUUCGAGGCUGGUAGACCUGGGGAAACUGCCUCCUGAGGCUCAACCCCCUCUAUUCACGGAAGGUAACCUGGUCUUCACCUUCACCUCCUGGCUCAACAAACUUCCCCAGCCCAUCAAGAGUAUGGUUGUCAGCCAGAUUAAUGAGUGCAACUUAGAGAAGCAGUUUAUGAAGGUUACAGAGGGCCCAAAUUUUAUAUUCCUGGCCUUCAUUGAAGCCAUGUCAUUUACUCCUGGGUCUGUCUUCUGGUCCAUCCUCUUCUUCCUGAUGUUUCUGAAUACGGGGCUGUGUGUCGUGAUGACGUUCCUGCAGAACAUCAUUACUUCACUCCAGGACAGCUUUUCUUCUUUCAGGAAACAUGAAAAGCUGCUUACAGUGGUUGUCUUUGUGCUCAUGUUCCUGUGCAGCUUCUACUUCAUUCGACCUCAAGGCCUCUACCAAAUAAGACUGCUGAGUGACUACUGGAUUGUCUUCCCCGUAAUCAUCGUCAUGUUUGAAACCAUAGCUGUGGGCUGGGCCUGUGGGGCCAGGAGGUUUCUUACAGACUUCGCAACUCUAUGGGACCGCCCCAUCCACCCCAUCUUUCACUGGCUGUGGUGCUAUCUGUGUCCAGUUGUGUUGCUAUUCCUGUCUAUUACCACUCUGAUUCUUCUGUUUCUGAAGGACGUCACCUAUACAGCCUGGGACUCAAGCAGUGUGAGUCUCCAUUUCCAGACCCCAGACCUUUCUAGGGAGUUGGGGCCAGAUCUUUCAACCCACUUUUGGCCUAAAGACCCUAUCAUCUCAUUCUCUGCUCCCUGA